GCUAUUUGUGGGGAUAAUGUUUCAGUCCAUCUUAUUCAUUAGUAGGAUUAACAUCAAAGUUGCAAUUGGUACAAUGAAAAGUGAAAAAAUUGUCUUAGUUUUCCUGAUACUAUGGAAUUUGUGCAUUUUAGCAAGUGGCCAGUGUUCAGUUACAAUGAAACAAGGACUCACUCAAGUUCAAGGAAUUGGUGCAAUGAAUAUUGCUCCAAGUGGACAAUAUUUCUGUUCUUUUCUCAGUAUACCAUAUGCUAAACCACCCGUUGGACCAUUGCGUUUUGAACCUCCACAACCAAUAGAUCUAUCUGCAUAUUCCUAUAUUUGGGACUUUAGAUUCCGAAGCCCAGUGUGCAUACAAAAUCCAGUAUUUAUUAAUAUAACCCAUGACCAAGGACAAGAAAAUUGUUUGUAUCUCAAUGUCUACACCAAACCUACAUACUGGCAUAGCCUAAAACCUGUUAUUAUUUGGGUUCAUGGUGGAUUAUUUAAUUACGGACAUGCUUAUUUUGUUGACGCCGAUCGUCCAGAUUUAUUGGUCGAUGAGGAUGUAGUUGUAGUGACAUUUAACUAUCGCCUAGGUGUUCUAGGUUUUCUCUAUCGCGAAGGUGAAGGUAUUGCUGGAAAUAAUGGUUUACGUGAUCAACAGGAAGUGUUCAAGUGGGUGCAGAGAAAUAUAGUUGCAUUUGGAGGAGAUCCAAAGAGAGUAACUUUAAUGGGUUGGAGUGCAGGAAGUGCAGCAAUUGCCUAUCAUUUACAAGCCCCUUCAUCACUUGGACUAUUCCAUGGGGCAAUAAUGCUAAGUGGAGUAAAUUUCAAUCCUUGGGCCUACCAAAGAAGUAAUGAGGAAUGCGUUAAAAUCCUGUGUAAUAACUUAGGCAUCCCCUGUACUCGUGGUGGACUUAAAAAUACUCUGAAACAAAUACCAGCGGAUAUCUUUGGAUCUUAUGAUUUUAAUUAUAAUUUGACUGUAUCAUACUUUGGAGAACCUUGGGCGUGUUUUGUACCAACAUUUGACGGAGGUGACGCUCCACUCGGUAAAGCCAUGGUUCAGUCUAGACAUCAGAAACUCAAACUACAGCCUAUCAUAAGUGACGUUCCACUUAUGAUAGGAUACACAGUUUCGGAAAUUUGGUAUUUAAUCAGAGCGAAUAGGAACUCCUUAGGAGCUAAAUGGAACUACUCCUAUCCCUAUACAAAGCCAAAUGUAAUUAGUCCACUCAGGCACUUUUUAUUGUCAAAAAGUAAAGAGCUUAAUAACUAUAGCAAAGAACUGAUAGGAGGAUCAGCUAUUACUUUUGGAGUUCAGAAAUUUGCUGACUAUUACUCUGGUGCAGCCAUAUCUGAUACCUACCUCUAUCGAUUCUCCCACAAAAAUACUUCCAAUGAUAUUGGAGCAUUCCACACGGAUGAUCUUGCUUAUAUCUUUAUACCAAGUGACCCAACUAAGCAACGAACUUAUGAAGAUGCCCUAGUUCGAUAUCGAUUUGUUCGAUAUAUAACGAAUUUCGCAAAAUUCGGAAAUCCUACACCUAAAAAAGAUGUUGCUAUCACAACGAAAUGGGUGCCAUAUUCUAAAACCGGUCUUCGCAUGGAAAUUUCGCAUGAGUCGAAAAUGGUGAAAGACGUUAAGGAUGAGCAGUUUCAUCGUUGGGAAGCAAUAUCGCAGUGCCUGGAAUUUAACCUUUGCAAUAAGUUCUUCAAAAUAACAUAACGCCAAUAUAGUGAAUUAAUGUGAAGAAUGAUUGAUCAAUGAUUAUAAUUUGUCAUUGUUGAGUAUCGAUAUUAUUGUUGAAUUUUUUUAUUCACGAUUUUAUUUCAGUCAAUCACGACAGUAUAGAUAUGUUUAUUACACAACUACA